AUGUACGAGCCCGUCACCAAAGAAGCAAGGGGAACGUGGAAUUGGCUCCAUUGUGAAAGAGUGGAGGUCAUAGAAGGAAAACCACGCCGUGUGCUUAAAACCAAGCAAGGGUCGAUGGGCAACGUUCUCGAGGAACUAAUAAACGAUGCUGAGAGGCCUGUUCAAGGUGUUUCGUUUGUAAAGCACAUUGUCACGGCAAGAUGGCAGCACCGGCAGUACUCGAACUUGAAAGAACACCUCCCUGAAAAUUGGGCGAUGAUGGUUAUGGACUUUGGGCAAAACAGGAAGGUAUUCUACCAGGAUGAUAUCAAGGCUGCAUACUACGGACAGAUGCAGAUAACGAUGCACCCAUUCGUUAUGUAUUAUCGCCAAAAUGGCACUCUCGUUCGGGACUCUAUGGUAGCAGACCAACGAUAUCACGCAGUUGAACACUACCUGAACAUUGCCUCGCAACACCUCGCAAGCAACAUGCAACAAGUAGACAAAGAAGUGCUAUGGAGUGACGGGUGCCAAAGUCAAAAUAAAGGGAAAGGUACUUUUGCCGAUCUAAGCUUGUCGUCAGAUGCCAGAGAACGCAACUACUUUGGAUCCGAACAUGGAAAGGGAGAGGGCGAUGGAGAAAUUGGGGUGGUAAAUCGAGCAGUUGAUCAAGCUAUUUUGGGGCACAAAGUUGUGAUUAAUUCAGCUAAGGAUAUGUGGGGGUGGUGUUGUGCAAAUUUGGCCAGUGAUUCGAUGUAUUCAAAACGGUCCUUUGUGUACGUGGCAAAGGAUGAAAUUAGCAGAGAGAGACCCGAAACCGAAGUCACCACACUCAAGGGAUCUCGUGGAUACCAUCAGAUUCAGGUUGCUGCCCCCUAUAAGCUCAAGGUGCGCCGAGUGUCCUGCUUUUGCUUCCCGUGCCUUCUCAACAACAACGAAAUGUGUACGAACGCGACUUACACUGGAGGCAAGCUCGAGAUAAAGCAGUUGAGCCUUAAAGCAAUCAGAAAUGUACACGCGAGGAACAGAAAAGGUGAGUGA